AUGAGCGUUCUGGUCGAAGAGAUAUCGGAUUCAGAAAGUGACGCUCAAGCAAAAAGUGGGCCGCCUCUAAGGGCCAACGAGCUACUUGAUUUUAUUACACAUACACUUAAAAACAUCGCUCUUGUCAUAUUUGCUCAUCGGGUGGCAAAUCUUACACGGCCUAGUAACAAAGAGGCUUUCCGAUUCUCUGACACAGCCGAUCAGAUCUUUAACUGGCUGGCUCAAGAUCCGGCUGAUCUAGCCUGCCUUUUAUCUAGUAUCCAGAACACGGCUGUUGAAUCUCUGUCCUCUUCUACAUCUCUAUCACCUUCGCCAUCUUCACCUCAGAUAGGCCAAAAAAGUGGAAAUGCGAGCUGGUAUUCAGGCUUAGUUGAUAGGUUAGGCGAGGGCGCUACCGCUCCAUCUUCAUUGUUGAAGGCCAGAUUAGAAUUGGUUCGUAACCGAAUUGCAACUGCCUCUCAGAAGCUGGAGAAUGUGCAAACAUCGAUUGAGGCCCCGCCAACAGAGAUUGUAAUGACGUGUUACCAGCUGACUCGAAUGCUAAAGGCUUUGAACACCGAGGCUAUCAAGUUGGAUGAAGCCUUGUGCCAAUUUUUGCCCGUACCGACUGUUCCUCAAGUCAGUUCGUAUAUGGGACAACCAACUUCUAUUAUUUCUGAGUUUAAUGAACAAGAAGACCCAUUGGAAAACGAGAAACGAUUUUACGAUACUCACUAUACCUUGCUUGAGACGCAAGUUCGAGCCACUCUUCAGUCUUCAGAUUUUUCUGAGCCCUGUCUGAAUACUGAGUCUUUUUCUGCUUUAGCCAGACUCCUUUCAAACCUGGAAUCUCAUAUCGCCCACAAAAUCAAAAGUAAAUCCCUAUUUAUGCAAGCCUUGGAACAAAUGAAAGAUUCUAGUGAUCCGGAGAUAGGCAACAAACUCUUCACCCCUUUGCAGGCUGUCCACAGCAUGCUAACGGAUAUCGGCAUGGCUUCGUUCAUCUGGACUGCGCAGACUAACCCAUUAGAUAUCAAUGUAGAUCUUCGUCACCGCUUUUCUGAGGCCAUCAAAAGCGCCAGAUAUGAAAGUCUCAUAAAAUUGGUGAAACCAGAGGCUCCCGUUUUGAGGCAUGAUCUACUCUGGGCUUUUGUUGAUAGCAUGGUCGACCUUCUUGCGCAACAUGGUUAUGCAUUACAG